AGCAAGGAUAUCUGUGGGUUGGAUCUUUCUCUCCUCGUCUCCUCUCACAAAACCAAAAACCAUCCAACAAUUUCACACCCUUCUUCAUUUAUCUAGAAAUUGAAUAAAACUAACACCACCAUGACGGAUGCAACCUAUUUGAUUUUCCUUGGAACGAGUCGUCAAGGCCGUGCAACGAUUGAUGCUCUGAAAGCAUUGGGAGCCACGAACAUUUGUGCGACGUCCCGUGAUCCAACCAGUGCCUCUUCCAAGCGCUUGGAAGUGCAAAAAGUGCUAAAAGCGGACUACACGGAUCCACCGUCGGUGGUGGCCGCCAUUAAGGAAUCGAAAGCCACCCGCAUUUGGUUCACCACCGAUUGGUACACCAUCAAGAGUCCGACGCGCGAAAAGGAAUUCUUGUUGGGCAAGGCCGUCAUUGACGCCAUUACCAAAGAAUGCAGCGAUCAAGUCGAACAUGUCGUGUACGGAUCCGUGGGCGAUGCCGACAAUUGUCCCGAAACGGUCGAGCAUUUCUGGAGCAAAGCCGACGUCGAAGCCUAUCUCAAAAAGGAACUUGACACUUCCAAAACGACGUGGUCCAUUAUUCGUCCCGUCGCGUUUUUUGACAAUCUCGAUGAUCCCAAAAAUUGGAAUGCCCUCUCCAAGGGUGCGGUCAAGUUUUUGGGAUACGACAAUAUCAAAUACAAAUUUGUCGCCACGGAAGAUAUCGGAAAGGGCAGUGCGGCAUUGCUUUUCCAUGCCAAAGAGCAUGCCGGAAAAACGCUGGAUGCGGUGGGAGGAGAACACACCGGAUCCGAAUUGGCACAGGCAUUGACGGAAGCAAGCGGUGUCCCGUGUGUCUACAAGACGGCGCUUCCUCGCUUUAUUUUGCGCUUAUUCAUGAAUGAUUUGUAUCACAUGACACUCUGGAUGGAAGAGUCGGGGUAUACCGCCAAUCUCGAAGAGUUCAAAAAGGUGGUACCCGAUGCCAUGGAUGCCAAGGCAUGGUUCACCAAGAAAGGACAGUGGCAUAAUGGAGAAAAGUUUACGCCCAAGGAAAGUGCAGAUGCAUGAGCAGGCAGCCAAACAAUCCGCCAAACAAAGAAAAAACUGAAUGGGAGGCAGCCAGCGAUAUUGCGGUUGCCAUGUAUGAUUUCAAAGUUUGUGAUGCAUGCAAUUACAUAUGCAUAGUUGGUAAAGUGGGUAUGUUGACGCGGGUAUAGAAGCAAGGAACCAAGACAAAAGUGGGCUUUGCGUCAAUUUGGUAGCCUUAUUCUCAUCUUUAGCACAGCUGUUACUUCUUUGUGGCCACACAAUCAAUAGUGGAGCCGUUAACAUGCCAUGGUCCAGCAACGGGAUCUCGCCUCUUAUAAUCA